AUGCCGUUAGCCUGCAAACGCAAGCAAGGUAACAAAGAGUACGUUGAGUGGUCUUGCACUGCUACCAUUCUUGGAGAACUAUCUUCCCCAGAGUACUUUUAUAAGGAUGGGGAACGGCUGUUCGACAUCAGGCCCAACACCCAAUGCGACAGGCUCGAAGUGGAUGCCCAGGGUCAGAUUCAGUUCGCCGUGAUUGACGACCUUGAGAACAACAAGGAGUACUACAUCAAGGCCAAGAAGUACGUCAUCUGCGCCGGCGCCGUGCUUACUCCGGGUAUUUUGUACAAGUCUGGAUUGAAGGGAAAGUUGCCUGCUCUGACUCACACUACAGACCAUGAGGAUGAUCCACUUCCUUUCCCCUUCAACGAUCCUGACCCGCAGGUUUACUUCCCACUGUCUGAGAAAUAUCCCUGGCACACUCAGGUUCAUCGUGAUGCCUUUGGCUAUGGUGAGGUACUGUCGAACAUCGAUCAACGCCUCGUUGUCGAUCUUCGCUGGUUUGGCUACAUGAAACCUGAUUAUGACAACUGUGUCACAUUCUCUAACAAGACCAAAGACCAGUUUGGAAUGCCUCAGCCAAUCUUCAACUUCAUCUUGGACGAGGAGGCGGAGGAGCGCUGCAAGCGCAUGAUUACAGAUAUGAUCGAUGUUGCUAGAAAAAUUGGCGGUUUCCUUCCUGGUGCUGAGCCCAAGUAUCUCGCUCCUGGAUCUGCUCUUCAUAUCUGCGGCACGUACCGCGCUGGUAGCACUUCAGCUGAUAGCGUUGUCAACAAGAACGGCAAGGCUUGGGGUGUUGAUGAUCUCGUACUUGGAGGCUGCGGUGUCAUUCCGACCCAGAACGCUUGCAACCCCACUCUCACUGCUGCUUGUUUUGCUCUUGCAGCUGCUGACAAGAUCAUUGUGGAGCUGCAUGUCGACCAGUGA